AUGGAAUUCGUUGAGCAGAACUUUGUGACCGCUAAAAGGAAAUUGAAUGUUGAACCAGAGACUAGAGCAAAGAGGACGAAAACCGGCACGCCCAAUGAUGACGAGGAAAACAGCGUACUUGAAGUACUUGGCCCAGAGACAGGAGCAAAGGGGACGGGACAGGCUAGCAACGCAGCAGCCUCACUCGAGGAAAUCAGAGCACCGCCAACCGAGAUAACAAGGCCUCUUGGCGACGGCGCGCCUACGAACCAAGAAACAGAUGCUGCGCUAGCGCAGUUCCCUGCACAUGUGGUGCUUCGACAGCUGAAACGCGAGUUGGAGGACGUCACGACAGAUAUUCGGUUCAGAAGAGUGAUGCCGGCGGAAGGGCGGAUAUGUACGAUCGGAUUGCAUGGAAACUUGGGUCAUUCAUGGAGAGGUUUGGUGUAUCUAAUUGAGUCAGUCGUGUAG